CUGCUAAGAACGCUUACUCUACCGAUGUAAAAACUGUGAAUACUGAAUAGUCAUCGCAAUAUCAUUCAUAUGUUACUUACAUCACAGUGAUUCAUAGAUUUUGAAAAAGACAGGAACCUUUAGAAUAUUCGAGACUUUGAUGAUCCCUAGAUCUAUAUAUAAGCCGAACAGAAUAAAAUAUCUCAUUUAUCUCUGCUAACAAAAUGGACUCCAAGCAAUCCUCAUCAAAUGUCAAGGUUUACAUUUAUGAUAUCUCCAUGGGAAUGGCCAGAGCAAUGUCACAAGGAAUUCUAGGCCGACAGAUAGAUGGGAUCUGGCAUACAGGUAUUGUUGUUUAUGGACAGGAAUAUUUCUUUGGAGGAACAUCUGGGAUAGAGGCUUGUCCCCCAGGUGGAACAGUCCUUGGUAAACCAUUACAAGUUGUUGAGCUGGGCAACACUGAAAUUCCUUUCGACGUCUUCAUGGAUUAUCUACAGGAGCUGUCAAAAUCAACCUACAAGCCAGAGACCUACCACUUGUUCCACCACAACUGCAACAACUUUUCCUCUGACCUAGCCCAGUUUUUAACAGGGAAAGAUAUACCAUCACACAUAACCAGCUUGCCACAGGACGUUCUCAGCACGCCAUUUGGUGCAAUGAUACAACCAUUCGUAGAAGCAAUGCAUGUACAGGGUGGACACUCACCAUUUAAUUCUUAACCCAGAUGGCAUCUAGACUAAUUUAGAUGUGAUGGACUGGGGAUUAGAACUAUUUUAAACUCAGGAGUGAAUGACAAUGGUGUUCAGAUCAAUGUGCAUAAUGUGUCCCUUGUUUGCCCUCUGAAUUGAAUGUUUUCAAAAAUAUGUGAUUAUUUAUUUAUGCUGAUGUUAUUUUAAGUCUUAAAUGACUUAAUUUGGGGCAGAACCAUAAUUAAGUAUGAGGUUCUCGGUCUAGUAGAGACACUAUUUUAAAUUUCUUCAUGAUAUUCAUCAACAUUUUUACUUUAGUUAGCAGGGCAAUCACUACAAAAUUCAAGUCCUUAUAAAAAUAUAUUUAAGUGUGCCUGCAAAUUAACCUUUUCAUUUUAUCAAUACAUGGAGAUGAGUUUCUUUAAAUUCAUCUGGAUUAUCAAAACAAAAAGCUAAUUGAAAAUUAAAAUAUUAUUUUAACUAACUCAUAAAGUAUAAUUCAAUGUUAUUUUUAUUUAAAAAUGUAUUAUUUGCACUACCUAAUACAGAUGUUAUUUUUUACACAUUUUUUUUCUUUUCCUUACCUGCAAUAAUUGAGUUAUAGGGACAUUGAUUUCAGCUUGUCAAUUAUUGUUCACAGGAAGAGAUUUAAGUGCUGACAUAGACACAUUAAAUAUUGCAUAAUGUCAAAUUUACUUUUUUAAGCACACAUGUAAUAUUGUGGCAGAUUUUAACAAUACACUUUUAAUAAAGAUUGAUGUAUUUGUGAGCUUAAUUAUUUCUGAAAAAAAACCUCAUUUUCCAUUAAACAGCCUAGCUACUUAC